AUGUGGAGAGUCCGGAAGAGGGGUUACUUUGGGAUUUGGUCAUUUCCCUUAAUAAUCGCCGCUGUCUGUGCGCAAAGUGUCAAUGACCCUAGUAAUAUGUCGCUGGUUAAAGAGACGGUGGAUAGACUACUGAAAGGCUAUGACAUUCGUCUGAGACCAGAUUUCGGAGGUCCCCCUGUGGCCGUGGGAAUGAACAUUGACAUUGCCAGCAUCGAUAUGGUUUCUGAAGUAAAUAUGGAUUAUACCUUGACAAUGUACUUUCAACAAGCCUGGAGAGAUAAGAGGCUAUCCUAUAAUGUAAUACCUUUAAACUUGACUUUGGACAACAGAGUGGCAGACCAGCUCUGGGUGCCAGAUACCUACUUCCUGAAUGAUAAGAAGUCAUUUGUGCACGGAGUGACUGUCAAAAACCGCAUGAUCCGCCUGCACCCAGAUGGCACGGUCCUUUAUGGCCUCAGAAUCACAACCACUGCUGCCUGCAUGAUGGACCUACGGCGGUACCCAUUGGAUGAACAAAACUGCACGUUAGAAAUCGAAAGCUAUGGAUAUACAACUGACGACAUUGAGUUUUACUGGCGUGGGGAUGACAACGCAGUGACAGGAGUGACAAAGAUUGAGCUUCCGCAGUUCUCCAUUGUGGAUUACAAACUUAUCACCAAGAAGGUCGUUUUUUCUACAGGUUCCUAUCCCAGAUUGUCCCUCAGCUUUAAGCUUAAGAGAAACAUUGGCUACUUCAUCCUGCAAACAUACAUGCCCUCCAUCCUGAUUACUAUCCUCUCCUGGGUCUCCUUCUGGAUUAAUUACGAUGCUUCGGCUGCAAGAGUGGCAUUAGGAAUUACAACUGUCCUUACCAUGACCACAAUCAACACCCACCUUAGAGAAACUCUCCCUAAAAUCCCCUAUGUGAAGGCCAUUGACAUGUACCUAAUGGGGUGCUUUGUCUUCGUUUUCAUGGCACUUCUGGAAUAUGCUUUGGUCAACUACAUCUUCUUCGGGAGGGGACCCCAACGCCAAAAGAAAGCAGCCGAGAAGGCGGCUAGUGCCAACAAUGAGAAGAUGCGCCUGGAUGUCAACAAGAUUUUUUAUAAAGAUAUUAAACAAAAUGGGACCCAAUAUCGAUCCUUGUGGGACCCUACUGGAAACCUCUCCCCAACUAGACGGACUACCAAUUACGAUUUCUCUCUGUAUACGAUGGACCCCCAUGAGAACAUUUUACUGAGCACUCUAGAGAUCAAAAAUGAAAUGGCCACAUCGGAGGCUGUGAUGGGACUUGGAGACCCUAGGAGCACAAUGCUAGCUUAUGAUGCCUCCAGCAUCCAGUAUCGGAAAGCUGGGUUGCCCAGGCAUAGUUUUGGCCGAAAUGCUCUGGAACGACAUGUGGCACAAAAGAAAAGUCGCCUGCGGAGACGCGCCUCCCAGCUGAAAAUCACCAUCCCCGACUUGACUGAUGUGAAUGCCAUAGAUCGGUGGUCCCGCAUAUUCUUCCCAGUGGUUUUUUCCUUCUUCAACAUCGUCUAUUGGCUUUACUAUGUGAACUAAAAUAUGGCCUCCCAUGGGAAGCAAGGACUAGAUUCUUCCUCAAAACAGUUGUACAGCCUGACAUAGGACUUGGAAAACACAUCAAUCUGGGACAAAAGUGAUGCUAAAAUACCUUAGUUGCUGGCCUAUCCUGUGGUCCAUUUCAUACCAUUUGGGUUGCUUCUGCUAAGUAAUGAAUACACUAAGGUCCUUGUGGUUUUCCAGUUAAAAUGCAAGUGAUCUGUACACGUGGGAAAAACUGAAGCUGAGUGUUCCACACUAUCUGCUUAAUACAUAGCCUACUCAGAGGGGAAAUAUCUAGAUGAUAUUCUGAGACAGCUCAAUAGCACUGUCAGUCAUUUUCCGGAAAUGUUCCUAGUCAGAUACUCUACAUCUCAUGCCUAAGGUUGACAUGCUGUGGAGACAGCACUGUGCUUAUGAAACAUUAUCUGCAACAUCAUUUGAGCAUGUUAACUCCAAGAUGGUCUGCGCUGGUCUUCCUAAGGUGAUAAUGGUGUCAGGGGAAGGUAACUCCCACUGGACUAGUAGUUUCUCUCUCAUGUAAGUGGAACAGGAUCAGGGUGGAGAGCUGGAGCAGGGAACAGGCAGAGAUUCAGGAAACCAAUUAGACCUAUCUCUUUGUUGGCUUCAUCACGGGGAAAUCAAGAAUAAUGAUGACUUUCAUUCCAACAUUUAGACGUAGAGAGACUUGUGAAUAUUAUCAUGCAUGGCUGCCAAUUUUUUUUUUUUUUUGCAAAAAUGCUGUUUGGGAGGUAGCUAAAAUAAGAGUUAAUGACAUGACACAGAGCAGGGUCAAAAAUCCAGAAAUGACUAUUGUAACAAAACUGAAGCAAGCAAGCAAGCAAGCAUGGCCUUUAUUGGCUCCACUCAGCAUCUGGUCUACACACACUGUGUCCAGUAGAAAGGGUAGACUGCGAGGUAUCUAUUUUCCAAACUCAGAAGCUGCUGACAGCAUAUCUAAAAAGGUUUUUAUAGUUUAACUUAAAGAUGGCCAUGAAAUAGUAAAGUUAGAAGAAUUAGAAGUAUUGUAGAUGUUCAUGUUUGAUUGGGAGUCAUUCACGUAUACAGAUAUAGAGCCAGACAAAGCUAACAGGUUGUUUCUCAGACAAUGGCAGCUGUUUUGUAACAUUUCCAUACAAGUUUACUUCUGAAUUUAAUAGGGUAUUUCAAAAGGAGGAUAUAUUCAUUGCUUUCCAGCUUUUCUUGCUUCUAAAAUUCCGACUAUGUUCUUAGGUGAUGGAUGGAGUAAAACUCUGGAGAGAUUGAGUGAACUUGAUUUUCAAUGAAUUUCAUUAUAUUUCAAAAUGAAAUUUACCUUUCUGUCUUUCAAAGCAACCAGUACUUUGAUGAGUAUGUGCAUAAAGACCUUAGUUUGCAGGUUAGUUGGUUUUGGGUUUUUAUGGGUGCUUACUUUGUGUGUAUUGCAUUCUGCCAAUCAAAUAUAUAAAAAUCGGUAAACAAUAAGAUAAAAACAAAGCUGCAUUAAUGAGAUGAGUGUUAUGAGCCUGAAUUAAUAUUACAGAAAAAUAUAUAACUGAAAAUCAGGCUGGUACGAUGUAUUCUUUUAUUCUAUUUUUAAAUUAGUCAUUGUGCUUCCUUCUAUAAUUGGACAUAUGCAUUCAUAUAUUGGACAAAAAAGAGAAUAAGCUAAUAUAUUUUAUUUCUAUCAGUGUGAGGCUCAAAUUUUGGUUUUCUUAUAGUAAACAUAGAAUUACUAAAUUUUCCAUAAAGUUUGAUUUGACUGUACUUUUCUCAGAGGAUUACUUUGCUAUUUCUCUUUUUUAAAAAUGCCUCUUUUCAGAGUAAUGUCCCUAAUUAUGCGUGGGAGCAAAGGCUAGUACCUUACAAUGGACAAAAUGAUGCUUUCUUCCCUUCGUGAUUCAGUAUCUUGGGCUAUUAUGAAGCCCCACUGUCCUUCCAUUCCAACUAUCAGAGAACAACAAUAUAAAAAUAAAGAUUUAUCAUUCAACAUUCUGAAUUUACUCCAAGGCAAGAUGGUAUUUUUUUCCACCAGUGUAAGGAAAUCUCGCUCCUACUGUUUGAUUACAUAUUUGAAUAUCUCUGAAUGUAAUCUUUGGGCAGAAUCUAACUAAGCUUCCUCCAUUUAUUCUCAGAGUAGAGAUGCCUCAAGUUUCUACAGGGACACACUUCUUCCUAGGUAACCAUCCUUAGACAUCACACUGAUAAAAGUGCCUACCCCUUCUCACCUGGGGGUAAAGUCUGAGUAGAAAACAACAGGAAAGAGCAUAUCAAUAACUCAGGGGCACAACUCUAAAAUGCCGUUUUGGAAUGGUUUUUCUAGAGACAACUCAGAGCCUAAGUUUAAAAGUGGGCUCUUGUUUGCAAUUUCUGUAAAAGCCAUAAAAAUUCUUGAUAUUGUCAUUUAUGAUUACACCAUCAUUUCGGUUAUCUAGGGAAGUCAACAGAGCAAUCUAGAUCAAAAUGGAGAGAGGCAUCUUCAUAGCAUGAGCCGCAAAUGCAUGUGACCAGGAAAUCACUUCUGCUAUCCAUGAUGCAAAGAAGCCAUCCAAAGGAGAAAAGAUGAGACCUUGGAACAAAUCUCGUAGGGAGAAAAAUAUAGCAUUCAUGAACCAUGUAGACAGAAAUACACUGGCUCAUCCUGUUCAGAAAUAACAGUACGUGUAGAAUUUAUUCUUAUGUAGUGAAUUGGAAUGCAGUUGUCAAAUGCUAGGAAGGGUGCUAGGCCUGAUAAAUCUAGGAAGACCAGCCAGCUUGAUAUCUAGUGGCUAAACUAAAGGACCACAAAGGUGCAUUUUGGCAAUUCUGAAAUGGUUUUACUAUCAGUUUAUACAUAUGUACAGUUUUUCUUUUGAUUAUAAAACAGCCAGAUAGCCAGCAAUUAAGGUGUUUUUUCAUCUUUGUGAAACACAUAAGCAAAUUCUGACUCUAAAAUGCUCAGUCUAAACGAAAUCUUUGAUCUCAAUCUGUAUAUACAUAUAUUGUACAUGACUGCUAGUAGGUAUGAAAUGCAUUUCAGAAUUGAAAACCCAUGCAACAUAAUCAUGGGUUUGCAUAGGAAUGUUACAGUUCUUUCUACUGCAAUUUAAUAAUGGGAAAAGACUCAAUCAGUGCCAUCUAGACCUUUUCUCAUUCCUUCAAAAGCAGUGCUAAGUAAGAUAAUAAUAAUGCUGAUUUAUAAACCAAAAGACUUUACAUUUUAGCACUAGGAACACAGAAAAUAAUCUGUCAGCUUUCAAAAGCACAACAUGUGAAGAAAGUACAGUAGAAUGAAUAAAGAAAUGAAUUGCAUUUUUUAAAGCAGGACCUGCAUUAAAUUGGCAAACAAGACAAUUUCCAUUUUCUAGAGGUAACUGUGUUCCAGUUUUAUGAUUAACUUCAUAUUCAAGAACAUAAACAAGAAAACAACACCAGUAAAAACAAGUCUUACAACAUAUGUAUAUAUGUGUGUAUAUAGAUCCAUGUAAACAUACGUACAUGUAUAUGCAUUCAUAUGUUGGAAAACAAAAGGAAUAAGCUAAUAUGUUUUGUUUUCUUUAUUAAACCAGUAUAUGAGUAUUUUUAAUUUGGCAACCAACAAUCAACACAUUGAAAUAAGUAACACAGGGUACUGAGCAAUUCUCUAUCAGCAAAUCAAUGCCUAGAGUUCUUAUGAACCAUUGCACAUUUUGACACUAUAAUAGUACUGUACCUCAGAACAUAGACGUUAACUUGUUCUCAUGUUGCUUGUCUAAUUGCUCUCUUUUUCAAGGACAUAAAUAAUUUUGUUCACUGGUAAUUUUCAAAAAUGUCUUAAGAGAAUGAAAAAAAUGAUGAAAAUUCCUCCUGGAAAGAAGGGAGAAAAGAGAGAAAAACUAAACCUACCAUGUCAAUUAGGGGAAAAUACAACUGUAGCAAUCAUACCAUUUUGCUAAUUGUACAGAAUACAUGUUACGUGAGCAAACAUAACUUUCUCUGAGUGUGUGUAAAUACUAAAACAGAUUUCUUAAAUAUUUUUAACUUCUAAUUUGUAUUUUAUGGUAAGGCAACAUGCUAAUUCUGUUUAUGGCUUAAGUCGUGUUAUAAUAUUAUGUAAAUAAUUAAACAUGUUGUAAAUGAAUAGUCCGUAGAUAUAAAUAAUUGUUUAGUUUUUUCAUUAAUUUUUAUUUGUUUUUACAAAGUACAGUAACUGGAGUGCCCCACAGAGUAAUUUAAACACCCUUUUGCAUAAAUAGUUUGGGAAUCUGACAGAAGAGUUUCAGUUUGCUCUCUGAAUCUCUCUCUUUCUCUCUCUCUUUCUCUUUCUCCCUCUCUCUCUCUCUCUGACACAAUUUUUCUCUCCUUUGUUUUCUCACUCGCAUUCUUUCCCUCUUUAGAAGAAACCCUGUUGUGGUUUUUGUCAUCAGUAAGAACCAAGAGAAAGCCUUAGAAAUGGAAAAUGGGAAAAAAUGAUUAUUGAAAAUAUAGAAUUUUUAUAUGUCAGAGAACAAGAAACCAAAGUUUGCACUUUAAGUCUCAAUUUUCAAAAAGUAAAAGUUUGUAUUGAUGGCACUACAGAAAAUAAAAAUGCUUCUUCAUAAAAACUCCAGAAAUUUGUUACACAAAAUGGAUACUAGAAGACUUUUUUUAAAUAGUAGCAUUUUGUCCUUAGCUAGUAUUGUUCCUUUCAACCAAAGACUCCAGAAUUAUUUUUUAAAAGGAAAGAAAAAAGAAAGGAAAUGGGAAAAAAUGACACUGCUUCACACCAAAGGUUUAAAAAACAUUUUCCAAAUGCACUAAGAAGGCCAUAAAAACUAGGAAGGAGUCAACAGAAUGCUAAAGAAAAUACUGUCCUAAAGACAUCACUUUCAAACCUGGGGGAGGGAGAAAGCAGCACUCUUGAACAGCUUAGAAUUUUGGAAAUUGAAGACCAUUUCUGUUGAUAUGUGCAGAAUUCUGACAUGAAAUUUUAAUUUGUUUUGAGUCUUUUUGUGAUAAAUAUGAUUCAAAAUAAUGAACACAAAAACUGUAUUGAGUUCCAAAACCAAAUGUCACCCCUGUCGUGUAUCCUCUAAUCUGAUGCCCAUGUCUGUGUCCUUGAACUGUUUGAAACAAGCUGACAUUCCAUCAGCUUGUAUCGAUUUUGUUAUUCAAUAGUUUAUCUAUGUCAAUAUUAAACAUAAUUCAAACCUAGUUACCUAUAAUUUAAAUUCCAUGGUAUUUUAAAUUUUAUUUGCAUGGGUGUUUAAAUGGUUCUGUUAUGAAUAUUGUCCCUGCAUAGUUCUGAACUGUCCUUUUAUAAAAAGUGAUAUUCUAGUUUCUUCACAAUGUAGUGAUUAUCAGCCUUACUAAUUACCUUGUAGCCUUUCUUAACAUGCACAUAAUGCACAUUUUCCAAUGGCUAGAAAA